UCACCCGAGCAACAAGAGCUCUUCAUUCACGGCCAGUCAGUUAACAGUACUCGUCCUGUAGGUUAUCAUUCACUGAUUUAGAUAGAAAAGAGAACUAGCAGCACGUGUAUUCCUAGUAAUCGAGCCCCACCCUCAUUAAAGCGUCAUGUCCUAUAGACACGAAGGACUAAUUUGUCACUGGUUUUUACUACCUCCAUAAUUGCCAAUUACACUUGUGUCCAGCAGACAGAACAGUUAUUGUGAUUCUAUUUGGUUCACUGAGAUUGUGCCAUGUUUAGACUGACCACAAUCAUCUUGUGCCUGAUUCUCGGGCUUAGCCUGUGGCUGACGGGAUUAGAUGCCGGCAGGUUCCGGGGUCGCCCGCCAAUUAAGGAGGAGAAGUCCGUUCGAAGAAUACCAAAACAAACCCACUGCCAGCUGGGAAAUGGAUCCUAUGAGAUUGAGGAAAGAUGGCGGCCGGACUUGGGUCCUCCUUUUGGUGUUCUGUACUGUGUACACUGCGAAUGUAUAGCAGUACAACGGAAGAGGAAGAUUGUUGCCAGAGCAAAAUGUAAGAACAUCAAGAACGUCUGCCCUAAACCAUCUUGUGACUCUCCAGUUCUAUUACCAGAGCAUUGCUGUAAGACUUGUCCAGGCCAAGAUCUGGCUGGCGUGGAGGAAGACUUGGCAAGUAAGAAACUAGAAGAAGAUAAUGAUGACAGAAAAAUGAAAGAGCUCACAGUUCUUCUUACUGGAAAAGCGUUGUCUCCUCCAAUGCCAAUAGAGGGCGCUGCAAGAGGAUACUUCACAUAUAUGAAAAGAAAUCUGCAUUAUACAAUACAUUACGUUGGAAUGGAAAGACCAACGUGGAUCCGGUUUACAGAUGACCAUCGUAACAUUCUCGUAGAACAUCAGGUGGCGGAAGUUGUUCUACACGUCAAGGACUCCAAGGUUUGCGGUGUCUGGAGAGAUAUUCCAAAGGUCUAUCGGCGCAAGUUGAUGAAAGGAAAACUCUACGUACUCUUGACAACAAAGCAUCAUCCAGAUGGGCACGCCUUUGGUCGCUUAGUGCAAGCUAGAGAGAUGAAAUUCAGUGCAGAGGUUUACAGUUCGGUGCUACUUCCGGAUGUAUCACGGUCACGUGACACUAUAGGUGGCGGUGGUGUCGCAUCGAUAUCUCUUGGCCCAGAAAAUAUUUUCCUUAAUUUGGAAUUCAAUGGUAUUUUCACUCCUAAAGAUGCAAGAGAUAUAAGUAUACUGAUAAAUCUACAUCGAGAAACUUCGACAGGCUCGAGAGAACUGUUGACCGAAUACUCCCACAUUUUAUCGAAGGUCGAUCCGGACUAUAAUUCGAUUGAUGUCAAAGUAGACUUGAAAGAAGACGACGAGUCUUUGCUUUCUCAAGGGAAGCUGAUUUUGGAAAUUUCAUCGAUAGAUGGCGACCGUGUGUUGCGAGGAAGAAUUUUGCCCAAGACGACUUGUAACAUUGUUCAGGCUGUUCUUAUCCCCAAUGAAGUAGAUUUUGCUGGUAACCAACCAACUGGUUUUGGUGUUUUGUCUCUACAGCGCGAUGGGUCGAUUUCCUACACGAUUCGUGCCGAGAGAAUGACCAGUCCUCUGGCAAAGUUGGCUCUUACAACGAUAGGUCCAAGCAAAGAGGACGUGAAGACAAUGGCGGAAGUGAACAAACCAAAUUUCCGGGAUUUUUGGGCUAACGGUACCUUCAGUACGGUUUCAUCCAGAAUUGCAGAAAGUUUACUACUUGAUGACUUGAGCUUGCAGCUAACGACGACCAAACAUCGACAAGCGCUGGUUGGGCGGAUACGACAAAGACUGUACACUGAAGCUUUUCUCAAUGGCUGCCCGUUCCUUCUUCAUGGGAAUACUUCAGCUGCAGGUCAAGUUUGGCUUCACAUAGAUCUUUUAUGUCGACUACAUUACCAAGUCUUUGUCAGUGGUCUAGCUAGUGAUGAAGAAAACGAUCCGAGCGGAAAGCGCCGACGCCAUCUGGUGGAACUAAUGGAAGUUCCAAUCAAUCGUCAUAAACGAAAUAGAAAACGAGUUCUCAGGAAGUUUGAUGGUGAAGAAGUUGGUGACGUACUCGAAGAUUUAACCAGGAAUACAUUCAUAAACCUUGCUAAUGGGAAAAGUUGGAUUCAUGUGAUCACAAAAAUUAAAGGCGCUGGAAAGACAGUAGAUCUUCAGGCUCAACUGACCAAUCUGCUAGUACCCCAAGUCUGCCUGUCUGGAGAAGGCAAAACAAACAAAACCAUUCCUAGUGAUUCAGGAAGUCCUGUUGCGGGACGCGACAAAUGUUACUUUGAGAGAGAAGAAUACGAAGAUGGAUAUCAGUGGCCCUUCUCUCAUGAUCCCUGUGUCAUGUGCUUCUGUAAACGAGGAAAGAUAAAAUGCGACAGGAUCAUUUGCCCUCCAAGUGAAUGCGAAUCGCCGAUCAACGUGGCUAAUGAGUGCUGUCCCAUGUGUCCAAAAGAUGACCAUUAUCCCCACAACAACAUUUCUGAACCUCGAGUCUGCUACUUUCACGGAGACAAGAAGUUUCAUCUAGCUGGCACCAGAUGGCAUCCCUAUAUCCCUCCCUUUGGCUUUUCACGAUGUGUUAUUUGCAAGUGUGACGUUGAAACAUUAAGGGUCAUGUGUCGAAGAAAGAAAUGCCCAGUGUUGCCAUGUGCUGAGGGCGACACCUAUCGAGAGUAUCCACUGGACUGCUGUAAAAAGUGCAAAAAAAAUCAUCGACCUGGUCAACUUGGAGAUGAAGCAAAUUCUAGAAGUCCUCAGGAGCUCCUGGCAGCAGGAGGAUGUCGAUUUCGGGGUGAGAUUCGAGCAAACGGAUCUGAGUGGCACCCCACAGUGCAGCCGUGGGGUGAAAUCACGUGUAUUAACUGUAAUUGCAAGGAGGGUAGAGCAAGAUGCAGGCGAAAGAAAUGUCCUAAAUUAACAUGUGCAGUGAAAGUGCACCUCGAGAACGAAUGCUGUUCCCGCUGUCUGAAUCCUAGUGAGAUAAGAGUGAAAGGCAACCUGCAUCACCAAAGCUGGCGACGAAGACGAAGACGUGACCAGUAACUUGAGAGAGAGGUAAACAACUGUGUGCUCUGCUGCUCAAGAAAAGCACUUCCUUCAAGACCACUGUACAUUUUGUUUGUAAAUAUUGCGUUUGCGUAACAGUGCCACAAUCAAGGUAUUUAUAGAGCGCUAUGAAAGGUCAUCUUUAUGGACAGAUUGCCUGUUUCCAUAGAAACAUAAACUUUUGUCAAUUUUAUCCAUGGUACCGAUGUAAAUGAAGUUUAGUCAAGUGAUUACACGCUAUAUGACCACGAAAAGCUACACUUGCGUGUGGUUAUUGCAUCUGAAGUUCUUCAGUUAAGUGCCAAAGUCUGGACCACGUGAAAGGACGAAGUUUUGUGAAGAGGAUAAGUUACUGUUAAUGAUUAGCCCAUGGUGAGGCAUUUUACACACAAGAUUAGGGGCUACUUUGAGAGAAAUGUCUGGAGUGAAUCAAAACCACCGUGUUUUUAUUUGUUAUCUAAUUCUACUUUAUAUCAUAUUGUUUGAAUAUUUUCACAUGCUGUGGCCAGUUUUAUUUUCUCAAUAGAAAAUUUAGCAGUUAUUACUUUUGAAGUUGUUAUUUUGUCAAUGUGAAAGCUAAUGAAUAAUCAAAAUAGUCUCCUACGCGUAAUUUUUACGAAAACGAAAAAAAAACAACUGUCAAUUAAGUUUUUUCAAUGUCAAAUUAUGGUUCAACAUAUAACUCGAAACCCAAUCAAAUACAUGGCGAGUUCUCUAAACAUCUUUUGUAACAUAUACAUAUAUAUAACGGCCAAAAUUAAAAUUUCAUUACAAAUAGAAUCCUGGAUACAAUUUUACAUUAAGAAACGAAAAUACAUCCUGACCAAAACACAAUUACAACUUGCGAAGACAAUUUGGGAUCAAACUUGUAUUUUAAAUUACACAUCAUGAUCAAUAAAAUAUAGAAACCUAAUGUUUAAACCUAGUACUGGUGUUGCAUUGCAAACUUUCUCAAAUUCAAAAUAACCUAAUUUUUUAACCUGCACAUAUUCUUAACACAAGUUCAAGACAUCGGAGUUGCUCAUUUUAAUCCAAUGUUUAAAUUAUUGGGUUACCGAACUUCGAAUAAACUAGAAAUAGUAACGAAGCAAAUAUUUUCAAUUUCAUUUAGAUAUAAACUAAUGUAGUCACACAGCAGGAGUUAAACCGGUCAGAUAAAAACUACAAUUGCUUGUAAAAAAUUUAUCCUUCUCGCUUAAACUUUUUUUUUGUUAGAUCGUUGAAACACCAAGUUAUGCUCCUGUAUUUAAGUUACUUAUAAAUCUAGACUCAACUACCAAUUUAUUUCCCUUUCUAAAUAUAAUCCAACUAAAAGAUCGUGCCAUAAAUUUUGAAUCUUCUGACUUUAAGUAUUUGAAAAUUGAAAAAAAAGACAUAAUUGCUACUAUCAGCGCAACUUCCGAUUUCGUUUCCGUAUUAUUUAUAGGUUAAUCUUCUAACUUCCGUUCCGUGUUAUUUGUAGGUGAACCUCAGCAGACGUUUAGUUGAAUUGUUAUAAAAUCUAGUAUUAUUCCAGUAUACAAAGUGUAAACUUGAAUAAAACUGCAAACACAGCAUGUGAAAGUUUAUACUUUUGUUGCUUUGACGUCAUUAUUUACUUAUGUUUUUGUUGGUGUGAAGGUAGUUCUUGACAAUUAGAGCAUUUUUUAUUUAUUACUUACGUAUAACCUGACUGGUCAUGUAUUGAUGGAUGUCGUUUCUGUGCCAAACUGUUACAGAAAUCUUUGUGAAAACUAUUAAAAGCUAUUAAUUUAAGUCUUGCAUAAUAACGUGAGGUUAACAUCUGUUGCCCAACUGUUUGCAUGUUUGAAUAAAUUCACAACACUGACCUCAUUCAUUCAUUGCUAAUGAAGAAAAUUACAAAUUCACCGAGCUCAAGCCAGAGUAAAUGAAAAUACAUUUUAAACGCAAAAACAAACGAUCAUUAUCAUAUUUUUAAAGCUGUCCUGUUGUUUUUUGCUAAAAUAAACCUAAAUUAGGGUAUUAAAUGACUUGAUAUAGCAAACUUCCACCCUUUUUUUUGGUUCAGAGUUGUUGAACAAGAUGGAUUAAAACGACCUGCUAUCUGUUUUAAGAACGGAAACGAAAUGUUGUUUUAGAAUAAAUUAUUACUGGGAAAAUUAUUUGGUGAUCAUUAUUUAUAUAUAUUUCUUCUACAAACCGUGUUUCAUCAGUACAGCUCCAAAAGAUUUAAAAACAGUAGUAGAAACAGUUGGUCAUUGAGGGUAGAUAUAGUAGUAGAGACAAGCAACGUGACAGCGUGUACACAGUUGGGCAACUACUAAAUUCAAGUAGUGAAGCAAAAUUAGCCAGUUCAGUACGUAGUCUACAUAGUACAGCUGUGUCUGUUUGUCUGUCUCUAUGUUAAUGCUAUAAAUUCGGACAGUCCAACUAACCCUAGGAUUACCUCCGGGUAUUAUCUACCGUGUAAACAUGGUUGCUAUUAAAUUAUUGAGUCUUUU